CUCUGCACGGUCCAGAACCCACACGCCUGUCGCCUCCACCGUGUGCACCCUCAGCCACAGGACAGAAACCAGAGGCAGCGCCAUGCAGCUGUGCCUCCUCUUCUGCCUGGUGCUGCUCAGCCUGCAGGCAGCCGCCCUCCCCCGCCGCCGCCACCACGCCUGGAGGACGAAGAAGAGAGUCAGGGAGCUGCCCGUCGCCAGCGCGGAGGCCCCUGGUAACCAGAACUUCACCUUCGACCUCUACAGGGCCUUGGCAGCAGACAGCCCCGACCAGAACAUCUUCUUCUCUCCUCUGAGCAUCUCCGAGUCCCUGGCCCUGAUCUACCUGGCCGCUGCGUCUGACACAAAGACACAGAUCUCGGAGGCUCUGGGCCUCCCUGCGCAGGGGGGCCGGGAGGAGGAGGAGGCGUUCCACAGGGGCUCCCACCAGCUGCUGCAGGAGCUCCGCCAGCCCCGGGCGGACCUCCAGCGCCUCGGCACCGCCCUGUUUGUCCUGCCCACGGUGCACGUCCGGGACGCCUUCCUGAGCGCCGCGAGGACGCUGUACCUGGCAGACACCUUCCCCACCAACUUCAGGGACCCCAAAGCCGCCCAGAAGCAGAUCAAUGAUUACGUGGCCAAGCAAACCAACGGCAAGAUUGUGGACUUGGUUAAGGACCUCGACAGCUCCGAGAUCAUGGUUAUGGUGAAUUACAUUUUCUUUAAAGCUAAGUGGGAGACGAGCUUCGACCACAAGAGCACCCUAAAGCAGGACUUCCACGUGACCUCAGAGACGGUGGUGCAGGUGCCCAUGAUGAGACGUGAGGAUGAGUAUUACUACCUCCUGGACCGCAACCUCUACUGCAGGGUCGUGGGCGUCCCCUACCAAGGAAAUGCCACUGCGCUCUUCAUCCUCCCCGGCCAGGGCAAGAUGGAGCAGGUGGAGGCGGGGCUGAGCCAGGAGACACUGAGGAGGUGGCUCAAGAAGCUCACAAAGAGAAAGCUCCAGCUUUACCUUCCCAAGUUCUCCAUGGAGGGCUCCUAUCAGCUGGAGAAGGUCCUCCCCAAGCUAGGCAUCAGGGACCUCUUCACCUCGCAGGCUGACCUGACGGGAUUCACCAACCACUCCAACAUCCAGGUGUCUGAGAUGGUGCACAGAGCCGUCGUGGAGGUGGACGAGUCGGGAACCAAAGCGGCUGCAGCCACGGCGACGGUGUUCACCUUCCGGUCGGCCCGCAUAGGCGCUCAGGUAGUAGCAUUCAACAGGCCCUUCCUGAUGAUGAUCGUGGAGAACAACAAGAACCUCCUCUUCCUGGGCAGGGUGAUGCGCCCCUGAGGCGGGGGUCUCUCCCGACAGGUCACAGGCCUCCUCGGCGGAAGAAGUGGGUGCACGCUGGCCUUUGAUCUGCAGAGAGCUAAUGAUUUACGCAGGCGCAAUUGACUAGUGAGACUUUCGCAAAGAGUAACAGGAACCUUGAUACACGGAUGAUGGUUUCUUUUCACCCAGUCGCAAGGCACAGGGGCCGGGAAGAACCCUGGAGAACGUUUGGUCUUGCCCUCGCUCUUCGUCAGUGGAGACGAGCUCCGAGGCCCAGAGAGUUUGCUUGACUCACCCAGGGUCACAGAGCACCUCAGAGGUGGGAAGGAGCCCACAACCCGGGCCCCUGGACCCCAGCCCAGCGCCACACACGGCUCUGUAGGAAGGCUGUCCCCAAGUAGACACUUCCACCGGGACGUGGGUGUCCAAGCCUCAUCCCCCACUUACCGUCCACACCAGCCAUCCACGUGCUACAGUUUCGAAAGAACACCGGAAUGGGCGUCUGGGAUGCGGCUUCUGUCCCAGCCAAGCCACUGUGUGACACUGGGGCAGCUCUGUCCCUCUCUGGACUCUGGCUUCUCCGCACAUGCAUUGAAGGAUCAGGUCAAGGCUGGAAGGAUCCCUGAAACCACACAAGAAGGCUGGGGUGUUCCUGCCAAUCACAGUUGAUGUCGAUACAUUCGAGUGCCACUCAGCCUUUUAGAAAAGCCAGCCAGUGGACAGCGAGGUGGAAAUGGUCCGUCCCAGGACUGCUCCACCCUGUGGAUGCAGUUACAGUCUCGUGGGCUUGGGUGGUGGUGGGGGACCGAAGGCCUGUUGCAAAUAGUAGAGCAUCAUUCGAAGAUGCUGCUGAACUUUAGUGUCGGCCAUAACAAUAAAGCAUUUUUGCAAGCA